GUCCUCGUCCGUCCAGAGAUCGCUCUCAAAACUUUUUUCAGAAGCGAGCACGCGCGCGCGCUCCACCAUCACACGCGCCUCGCCGCGCCCGGUGCCGGCCGCGCGCGGUGGAUCGGAGAAAGGAGGAAGGGAGAGCCGGAGAGGGCAGCCGAUGGAGGCGCUCGCGCUCGCGGGCGGCGCCCGGCGUCGGCUGUCCGCGCGGGAGGAAGAGCUGCUGGGCCUCCUAGCCGGCUUCCCCGACGGCGCCGGCGAGUGCGGCUCCGACCGCGAGCUCUCCUUCUCCGACCUCGUCGAGGCCGGAGCCAGGCCCAACGCGGAAGCAGCGGCUGUCGCGGACCCUGCACCGGCACCGGCACCGGUCCUGUCGUCGCCCGGGCAGCACGAGCUGGCGGCCAAGCAGCAGCGGCAGCAGGCGGCGAGGCAGAGGGCGCGGCGGGGCAGCAGGGGCAGCUUCGGGGGAAGCGGGGACGGCGUGCUGCUCAACUUCUACGUGCCGGGCCUGCUCGCCCGGAGCAUGACCGCGCCACGGCCCGGGCGCGGGCCUCUGUCUCCAGGCGCAGGGCAGGGCGCGCCGCCGAAAGCGUCCGCCGCGGCCGCCGCCGCCGCCGGAAAGGCCAGCAGCAGGGCACGAGGGCCUCUGGGCAUCGGGUGCUGGCCGGCGCUGUGGGGCCGCGACCGUCGCCGACCGUCGUCGGCCAACGCCUGCGUCUGAAGUCUGAAAUCCUGAAGGUGGGAGACGAUCAUCAGGCGAGAUGCAUGUCGGACUAGCAGCAGUCCAUGUCCAGCACCACCAACCGGAGUACAGCAGCUAGCUUCAUGGGACUUUUUCUUUUUCUCUAUCAGCUAAUCUCGCAGCUAACCCCGAGAGUCUGCUCCUUGCACCUGUAAAUAGGGGUGGUAAAAGGUUUUGAAAUUUGACUUAGAUAAUCUAAGAGCUGAGUUCUUUUAGAAUUGGGCUGUAAUUUUAUAUAAUUUUAAACUAAAAAUAUAUAAGAAUCAAAUUGGAUGUAAAGAAACCACUUGAACCA